AUGCCCGAACCCGCCAAGUCUGCGCCCAAGAAGGGCUCCAAGAAAGCGGUCACCAAGACGGCCGGCAAAGGAGGCAAGAAGAAGAGAAGGACCAGGAAGGAGAGCUACGCCAUCUACGUGUACAAGGUGCUGAAGCAGGUCCACCCCGACACCGGGAUCUCCUCCAAGGCCAUGAGCAUCAUGAACUCCUUCGUCAACGACAUCUUUGAGCGCAUCGCCUCCGAGGCCUCCCGUCUGGCUCACUACAACAAGAGAUCCACCAUCACCUCCAGGGAGAUCCAGACCGCUGUGCGCCUCCUGCUGCCCGGUGAGCUGGCCAAGCACGCCGUGUCCGAGGGAACCAAGGCUGUGACCAAAUACACCAGCUCCAAGUAACCAGCUCUGCUGCUGAUGCUCCAACCCAACGGCUCUUUUAAGAGCCACUCACUGC